AUGGGCGAGCUGUACUGCCGUGCUCUUCUACUACUGUCCACCUUGCCACCCACGUCAGAUCGAGUGCUAAUCCAGAUUGCAACCACAGACGGACGUAAAGAACGCGUCCAGUUCGACAAGAUCACUGCACGGGUCUCGAGGCUCUGUUAUGGCCUCGACCCGGAGCACGUUGAUGCUGCGGCCAUUACGCAGAAGGUCAUCUCUGGUGUCUACCAGGGUGUCGGUACCAUCGAGCUGGACAACUUGGCUGCCGAGACUGCGGCAUACAUGACCGUGACACAUCCCGACUAUGCCAUCCUGGCUGCUCGUAUCGCCGUUUCGAACCUCCACAAGCAAACAAAAAAGCAGUUCUCCAUGGUUAUCUCGGACCUCUACCACUAUGUCAACCCGAAAAACAAUAAGGCAGCACCCAUGAUCUCGAAGGAAAUCUAUGAAAUUGUCAUGAAGCACGCCGAUGAGCUCAACUCUGCCAUCGUCUACGACCGCGACUUUAAUUACAACUUCUUCGGGUUCAAGACCCUGGAGCGUUCAUACCUCCUACGGAUCAACGACAAGGUUGCCGAGCGUCCUCAGCACCUGCUGAUGCGAGUGUCGGUGGGAAUCCACGGCGAAGAUAUUGAGAAGGCCAUUGAGACCUACCACUUGAUGUCUCAGAAAUACUUCACGCACGCUUCCCCCACCCUGUUCAAUGCCGGUACCCCGCAGCCCCAGCUGGCUUCUUGCUUCCUGGUGGACAUGAAGGAGGACAGCAUUGAGGGUAUCUAUGACACUCUCAAGACCUGUGCGAUGAUCUCGAAGACUGCUGGUGGUAUCGGGUUGAACAUCCACCGUAUCCGGUCUACCGGCUCUUACAUUGGCGGAACCAACGGCUCUUCCAACGGCAUUGUCCCUAUGUUGCGGGUGUACAACAACACCGCUCGCUACGUUGACCAGGGUGGUAACAAGCGUCCUGGUGCCUUUGCCAUCUACCUGGAGCCCUGGCACUCGGAUGUUUUCGAGUUCCUGGAUCUCCGCAAGAACCACGGCAAGGAGGAGGUCCGUGCUCGUGAUCUCUUCUACGCCUUGUGGACUCCUGAUCUUUUCAUGAAGCGGGUCGAGUCUAACGGCGACUGGACUCUGUUCUGCCCGAACGAAGCCCCUGGUCUGGCGGACGUCUACGGAGACGAGUUUGACGCCCUCUACGAGAAGUAUGAGAAGGAAGGCCGCGGUCGUCGCACCAUCAAGGCCCAGAAGCUCUGGUAUGCUAUCCUCGAGGCUCAGACCGAGACUGGCAACCCCUUCAUGCUGUACAAGGAUGCGUGCAACAAGAAGAGCAACCAGAAAAACCUGGGCACCAUCCGCAGCUCCAACCUGUGUACCGAGAUCAUCGAGUACAGUGCACCUGACGAGGUGGCUGUGUGCAACUUGGCUUCUCUCGCUCUGCCUACGUUUGUGGAUGCUGCUCGCGGCGAGUACGACUUCGGCAAGCUCCACGAGGUCGUGCAAGUCCUGGUGCGCAACCUGAACAAGAUCAUCGACAUCAACUACUACCCUGUACCGGAGGCGAAGAAGAGCAACUUCCGUCACCGCCCCAUUGCUCUCGGUGUCAACGGUCUCGCUGAUGCCUUCCUGGCCCUACGUCUGCCGUUCGACUCGCCCGAGGCGCGCCAGCUGAACGUCCAGAUCUUCGAGACCAUCUACCACGGUGCCUUGACCGCUUCGUCGGAGCUGGCCAAGCAGUUUGGCCCUUACGAGACGUACGAGGGCUCGCCUGUCUCGCAGGGCACUCUGCAGUUCGACAUGUGGGACCGGACCCCGACCGAUCUCUGGGACUGGGCUGCUCUCAAGGCUAAGAUUGCCGAGACCGGUGUUCGCAACAGUCUGUUGGUCGCUCCCAUGCCGACCGCAAGUACCAGCCAGAUCCUGGGCUUUAACGAGUGCUUCGAGCCGUACACCUCGAACAUCUACUCUCGCCGUGUCCUGGCUGGCGAAUUCCAGGUGGUCAACCCCUGGCUGCUGAAGGAUCUCGUUGAUCUCGGCCUGUGGUCGGACAACAUGAAGAACCGUAUCAUCGCCGACGGUGGCUCGGUACAGAACGUCCCCAACAUCCCCGCCGACAUCAAGGCGCUGUACAAGACCGUGUGGGAGAUCUCUCAGCGCAAUAUUCUGCAGAUGGCUGCCGACCGUGGUGCCUUCAUCGACCAGUCGCAGUCGCUUAACAUCCACCUGAAGGAGCCGACAAUGGGCAAGAUCACCAGCAUGCACUUUGCGGGCUGGAAGAUGGGUCUGAAGACCGGCAUGUACUACCUGCGCACGAUGGCCGCCUCGGCGCCCAUCCAGUUCACUGUCGACCAGGAGCAGCUCAAGGUUGAGGACACCAACGUUGCCCGCGCCAACAACUCGUACAAGAAGCGUGCCGUCGGCGCCGCCUCUUCGACCUACUCGGCCGUGCCCCGCUCCGACGGUGCCGAGGCUGCCUCUGCCGCUGUCAAUGCUCCCAGCCAGGAGAGCCCGCGCACCCUGGUUUCUGACCCCGUGGGCGCCUCUGCCCGCGAGAAUGGUGUCCCAACUGAGGCCAACGGUACCCAGCAAGAAGACGCUGCUGGCGACGGUGAGGAUGUCCAGGGUGACAUAUUCUCGCAGCAGGUCCUCCAGUGCAGCAUCGAGAACAAGGAAGCCUGCCUCAUGUGCCAGGGCUAA